AUGACUCUGCUUGCCGAAUCAUUGUACAUCAUGAAACAUCCCACAUGGCGAGACUCGAUUUUGCUGAGAGCUGAACUCGUCCAUCUACACGCACCAAUCAGAGGCUUUAUGCUGACUAGAGACAGGUCAUACUGCGACACCCGCUACAAGAUCGCCGGCCAAUGGUACGGCAUCCCCAAAGUAAUGGCCAAGUCGCAAACCCUCAAGACCGAAGUCGUCGACUCGCAACCCGAUCGCAUCAUUUUCAAGCUGCAACAAGAGUACACACCCAGAGUUGUCCACUUUUCCAAGCCAGUCAACAGUCUUGUCACAUUGACCUUGGACGACCAAGGCAAGGUCAAGUAUCACAAGGACAUGUGGAAUGAGAAGGACUAUUCGCAUGAGGGCUUGGGCAAAAUCAUGAAGACGCUGAAUGGUGAUCAUUUGACCAAGGUGAGUGUGUGCCAGAAAGAAAAGAGGAAUGCAGACUGA